UUCCUUUUCGUGUAGUGCCUCGGUGGUUUGAGGUUACGUACAGGUUGCUCCUAUUGUGGAAAAGUCGCAUUCUGCGUGUCACGUCAUUCCCUUCUGAGGAAUUGUGUUACUGUUAUACCAAGCAGCCUGUUUGAAGCAUAAAAAUGGUGGCCCAGAAGAAGCAGAAGAAGGCCAUGGAGAGCAUCAACUCCCGGCUUGCCCUUGUGAUGAAGUCUGGAAAGUUUGUAUUAGGGUACAAACAAACCUUGAAGACUUUGAGACAAGGGAAAGCCAAGCUUAUCAUUUUGGCCAACAAUACCCCACCUCUCAGGAAGAGUGAGAUAGAAUAUUAUGCAAUGCUGGCCAAGACAGGUGUCCACCAUUAUUCUGGAAACAACAUCGAGCUGGGCACAGCAUGUGGGAAGUACUUUCGAGUGUGCACGCUUGGUAUCACGGACCCUGGAGACUCUGACAUCAUUCGAUCUAUGCCAUCUGCUGAAGGCACAGCAUGAAUGCUGAUGAGUAUUUGUUGGCCCCAUGAAUAUUCCUGUGAAAUUCUAUUCAUGCUUGUCUCCAAAUAAAUCUGGGAACGUCGAAA